CAGGCAGGCAGGAAACUGGGAAGGAGGUUUGAAGGGCUGAGCCGCUUUCAGAGUCAACCCCUCUUAAAAGCGUAACGUGUAUGGAGAUUCGCUACUGAUUUUGCCGACGGAAGGAAGCUCGGCGAGGGCGAAAGAAGGAAGAGAUAGUAUCUAACAGAGUAAGCGAGAUUGGGAAGAGAGUCGUGGCACGCUGCGGGUCCGACGAGAAGAGAAAUCAGAACGAGUGAAGAUCGAGGAGAGCGCAAGGUUUCUGCUUUGAAUUUCUUGACGCCGUCGGGAAAAGCUUUGUGAAAUGAGAGGAAGGAGUUACAGUCCAUCACCCCCAAGGAGCCACAGUAGGAGGAGGAGGAGUCCAAGUCCUAGGGGACGAUAUGGUAGUCGCGGAAGUGGGAGAGAUCAGCCUACUAGUCUUCUAGUUCGGAACCUUCGUCACGAUUGCAGACCAGAAGAUCUUCGUAGGCCCUUUGAACAGUUUGGUCCUUUGAAGGAUAUUUAUCUGCCCAAAGAUUAUUAUACUGGUGAACCUCGUGGUUUUGGGUUUGUCCAAUAUGUGGAUCCUCAUGAUGCUACUGAGGCCAAGCAUCAAAUGGAUGGUCGAGUUCUUCAUGGUCGCGAGUUAACUGUUGUGUUUGCGGAGGAGAACAGGAAGAAGCCUAUUGAAAUGAGGACAAGGGAGCGAGGGAGCAGUAGAGGAGGAGGAGGUCGAAUGCGUGACAGGAGGUGGUCCCCACCUCGUUAUUCCCGCUCCCCUCGCUAUUCGCCUCCUCCACGCGGGCGUGCGAGAUCAAGGUCACACAGUGGUGGUUAUUAUUCUCCACCUCCAAAACAACAAAGGCGAUACUCUAGAUCGGUAUCACCUCAAGAGAGGAGGUAUAGCAAAGAGAGGUCGUACUCACCUCGAUCGAGGAGCCGCAGCCAGACACCACCUCCGAGGAGGGCUCCAAGCGAGGAGGGAAAUGGGGUUGGGAGGAGCAGGAGUCCCAGCAGAAGCCGCAGUCCACCGCCACCUAGGAGGAGCAGGAGCCCUGCAGAUAGGUCCCUUAGCCCGUGAUUCUUCAGUCUGGGUGGAGAGUUAUUCUCUUCGCUCGCUCGUUCGUUCUGUGUCUUUUAAAACGGCCACCGAGUUUGCCCUGUAGCGGAUUUGGGGAUAUUUGGUAAGUGAUGUAGGCUGCAAUAUUCUCUGCUUCUGCUUUUGUUUUGAUUCGGUAACCUGUAGCAUGGUUAACCUGCAACUUGGAAUUCUGUUGUUUUUAAUCCAACCAAGCCACUUUUAGCAUAAUAUUUCAUUUUGUUUUCGGUUACAA